AUGAAGCGGCUCCGGAACCUCAGGCAUGUUGAACGGCUCCAGGCCCCCCCAAAGUGGGUCCCUGUUCUAGGGGAGCUGCAGAAGACCCUCCAGAAGGGCGAGUACCUGCCCCUCCGCCCGCUGCCCAUGUUCGAGAGUAACUUUGUCCAGGUGACAAAUCGAGGGGACCCUGUGUAUGUACAUCACAGAACCAACCGUCUGACCAUGGGGGUGGCCGCCUCCCUGCCAGGCCUGAUGUUGCCAGACAUCCUGCUCAUCGCUCGGCCCCCUGAGGGCAGGGAAUGCUCCAACCUCGUCCUGACCAGGAUGAUCCCACUGGACCUCGUCCACUUCUAUGUCCACAACCUGGCCACCUGGUGCCUGAAGCUGUGCCUAGUCACAGGCCGCUACUACUACCUGGAGCUCGAUGCCCCAGACAACGAGGUGGGCUUCCUGUUCGACCGCUGGAUCCGUCUCAUCAACCUGCUUCAGAAGCCUGCCACUUCUUGGGCCCCCAGGACUCUGCAAACUCUUCCCUUGGACAUGUCCCUGGCCAAAGCACCUGCCUCCACCUGGCACCUCCAGGUGAGGACCGGUCCCUCAGUGGACGUACAGAUCCCUGACCUGUGGUCUCCUGCUCUCUUUCCAGUCACGGUUGCUGAGCCUCAUAAGACACUGAAACCUCAGAAACAAAAUAAGGCCAAGGCCCUCAAGCUCAGAUUCAAGUCUCAGGCUGUGGGUGACUCCGUGCCUCUCAUCUGGUCACAGCUGGAGCAUGCUGACCCUAGGAAGAAAUCCACCGAAAAGAAGUCCUACCCAGACAUCUGCCCUGACAGAUCUCACACCGAACUCCAUGUUACUGAGAAGACCAGCAUCACCAUCAGGACCAUCUUCAGCAUCAUUUCUAGCACUGUCCACCAGACACAGUCCGCUACAAAGGUCUACUUGUCUGACUCUGAGGAGGUCACAGGUCAGGAACAUAUAAUUGAGACCCCUUCUCACUGUAUCUCGGGUGACGGCCCUGGAUUCUUUUUUCCGGGUUCUUACGAUCAUUUGGAUGUAUGGCAGAAGGACAUGGAAGACCUCAUGAACCCCGAUUCCAGCACUUUGUCCUCUUCCUCCUUUGGCCCAGCUUUAUACCCUUCUGCUGUCUACCUGUCUGCACACUACUCCUCCUUCCCCAGGCCCAGUGAAAAGGCCAGGUCUAUAGGAUCCCGGCAGAGAGUGGGACCACCACCCUCCCAGAAGGCCCCAUCUGUCCCUGUUACCUCUUGUAAGGCACCAUUCAUUGUUGACCAGUCCCAGAAGGUCCCGGCUCUCCCUGCUUCAUCCCAGAGGGGUGCAGGUCUAUGUGCUCCAUCUCAGAAGCCUCCAGCUGUACCUAGGCCAUCUCAGAAGGCCUCUGCCAAACCUACUGUUCCCCAGAAGACCCCAGCCAUACCUGCCCUACCCCAGAAGAUCCCACCACCACCUAAGAAGGCCCCACCUGCACCUGCUAUUCUCCAGAAGACUGUAUUGCCCUGUGCCCCAAAGACAGAAUCUUUGUUCCUACCUACCCCAUCCCAGAAGGCUCCAACCUCACCUACCCAGUGCCAGAUGGUACUCAGCUCACCCACCUCAUGGCAGAAGAUCCCUGCCAAUUCUGACGUGUUGCCAACAGGAAUUCCUGGAAGGGAUGUGCUCAGGAAAGGCAAGUCUAAAGAGAAACCAGAGCCAGUGGUGAUGGUGGGUACCCAGAAGACUAAUGUGGUAGAGACAAGGACCCAGGCAAUGUCCCUAGAAUUUCCCUUCACCACAACCAAGAAGUCCGAGGAGGUCCUGAUUAACGGAACCCAGGAGAUUACCUUCAAGGGCUUGAAAGGCAAGGGGAAGUCAGAGGACGGGACCCACAGGAUGAAGGAGGAGAUAUCCCUACACAUGCCUGGCAUGAGGUCCAAGGAGGUGGAGCAGAAGGAGGAAUGGGUCAAGACCCAGGAGCUGGCCAUUGAGGGGCCCCCCCAGGAGCACAGCAGACCCUUCUCCAUGGAGGGGCUUGCCCUUGCCAAGCUGAUGAUCAUGGCCAACUCCAAAGAGCAGCACUUGAGAUCAGGUGUGGUCUCGCUACCCUCAUGGCUCUCGGUGACUUCCCAGGAAUCCACCAUAUCUACAAGAGCCUCAGUACCCUUCGGCCCCAGCCAUUUUUCCUCUCUGGAGGGCACACCAGUGGAGGUCAGGGAGCAGCCAGAGUCACAUACCUGGGAAAAGGACAGGCAGCAAUGGACAAAGAUGGAGAAGCCAUGGGAUCCAGUGAGGCCUCCCAAGGUGCCCCUCCAAUCUAUGCCUAACUCCAGCAGCCCAAAGAUAGACAAUACCUCCCAGGUUCCCAUCCCCCUGCUCGCCUCAAGGUGGGAGGACAUCCCUCAGCCAUCCCUCCCAGUUAUCCCUAUUUCAAGAAUGGAGGCCACAGCCAGGGUGCCCCAACAGACCACAAGAAUAUCCCAAGAGCCCAUGAGGAUGCCAAACCAGCACCCUCUGGCUACAACAGAGUUAUCCUCGAAAAUCCUCCAACCUAUGCUCUUGGAAAUUGAGCAUAUGAGGGACAAGGCCACCAAGGCAGAGAUGACAAAGGAAGAACCGGGCACCUUUAAUCCUUUCUCCAGGUAUUUGGGUUAG